AACGGCGGAGCACGCUAGCAGCUAGGCCACGAGACGAUGGCGGCCCCGGCGCCUCACGUCGCGGUGGUCGCCGCCGUCCUGCUCCUCCUCCCGUCCCUCCUCGCCGUCGUCGCGCAGACGCCAAAGGGCGCCAAGGCGUUCUGCAUUAGCCAGUUCGCCAUCGCCAGCCAGGCCUGCUCCAUCCUGCCGCCGAGUCCACCCGACGAGCACCACCACGACGACGAGGAUGAUGACGAUGACGACGACGGCGACGACGAGCAUCAUGACCGCGACCGUCGCAGCCACCACGCGGCGGCCAUGAGCUUCUCGGCACUGAUGGCGAGGAAUAACGGCAGCCACGGGGUCGUCUCUGGGAACCGCACCGUUGGUCACCACCAGCACCAAAGCAACCGCACCCGCGGCGGGCGCGGUCGAGGCCGUGGGCGUGGCCGCCAUGGGCGUCUGCGGGACGACGGCGACAACCACAACGCCGACGAUCCUGAUCACGACGACGAUCAUGACGACAACAACGAUGACCAUGACGACGACGACAACGACCACCAUGACACUGACGACCCGGACCACGACGAUGACCACGACGACGACGACGACGACAAUAACGACGAUGAUAAUGACGACGACGACGACCAUGACCACCACGAUGAAGAGCUCCGCGCGUACCGUGACUGCUGCCGAUGGCUCAAGGAGGUGCAGAAGGACUGCGUCUGCGAGGCGCUGCUGCGGCUGCCCCCCUUCCUCGUCAAGCCGCAGCACACUUACGUGGUCAGGGUCGGCAGGACGUGCAAGAUCACCUACCGCUGCGGCGGCGUCUAGCUAGCCCCAUGUCGCCGCCCUGCCACCACCGUCUAGACGUCCAUGCAGCUGCCGUUCAUGGCUGGAGUUUAAUUAACUGCCGCGCGCCUGCUUUCUUCACGAUUACGUACAAGCAUAUCUGGUCGUUUUGUUCACGUAGGUAAUAUAUAUAAUUAUUAGGUAGACACGGGGUGUGUUAUUCACAUAUGUGUUGCAGUGCUGGUUGUCCACGCCCAGUAGUUUUGAAGUAUAAUGUAGCCCUCACAAUUUUUUUUCUACAUGUCUCCUUGUCCUUGGU